GAGAUGCGUUGUCUCCUUUACCGUCUGUUGGUAAGGUUUAUUUUGAAGGAAGUUUUUAGCUUGUUUUAUUGCACAUGAUGAUUUUUCUGUUCCCUUGAGCCUGUGUAAUUAUAUUUUGUAGCUCUUGAUGGUUUGAGCGACUCCGAGAUGGAGCUUGUUGGGAGUUGUUAUUACACCCGUGGUGUUUUUCUUAAUUAUCAGCAGAUGUAUUUCAUGAGGUGUCAACUCUUUGAUGAUGUCUACAUACCGUGUUGUCCUUUUGUUCACAGGAUUGAUUCCAUGAAUGUUAAUGGUCAUCAUAUGGUUAUUCCUGGUAUUGUUGUGAGGAGUUUGAAGGAGUUUGUGACUUUUCCUAGGACUGGCGUUUUAACCCUUGAAGUUACUUUGGAAUCUGGUGAUGAUGAUAUAUAUGUGAGCACUCCUUGCUCCUACUUCAUUGGCUUGGGUAGUAGAAUGGUGUUCAAACAGGAAGGUUUUAUUGAUUUUCUCCAGGCAUCGUCUAUUGAAGUAAACAACUUGGUGCUGAUAACUUUCAAAGAGCGUGAUGGGAGGCUUGUUGUUAUCUUCAAUCUUCUGCCGCAGUGAUGUUAGUUAUAGCCUUUGAACAUAAAUGGAUUUUGUUUAAAAAUCUAUGCUACGGUUUAAUGUUGUCUAGAUACAUGAAACGAUAUGAACCUAAGUGUUCAUUGCUGUUGUAUGUUUGUAGAA